GCAAAUAAUCUUGCCAUGUUUAUGUCCUCUGUCUGUUUAGUAUUUUCAAUUUCUAAUUUUUGUUUUGCAAGGGCCAAGCAAGAAGAAAAACGUAAAAAGGAGGAAGAAAAGCGAAUAAAGGAAGAGGAAAAGCGAGCGAAGGCAGAGAAAGCUGAAAUAACUCGUUUUUUACAGAAAUCCAAGAAUUCUCACACUCCAAAGACAUUUGCCCAAUCAUGUGGAAAGUUUGCACCUUUUGAAAUUAAAAAGAAUAUGGCUGUUGCUCCUUUGUGUCGGGUUGAAUUUGAAGCAGAACAUUCUGAGCGGCUAGGCAAACUCAUCAAAGAGCAAACUUCAGAGAUUAAUUUUUUGUUGGAGUUAAAAUCCCGGAAGCCACGUACGAUGGGACGAACUGUCAUCCUCAAGCUGCCUCAGAUAAGAGCUUCUAAAGGUGAUACGGAUGAUGUACAGGUUGUAACUGAAACUGACACAACUAUACAUGAAAAUAUUACUCAUGAACAUGGGGUUCCAGAGCGCAGAAAGUUUGGAAAGCUGAAGCUGUUACAGUUCUGUGAGAAUUAUCGUCCAGCUUACUGCGGUACUUGGAACAGGUCGAGCGCAGUUAUUUGCCCACGCAGGCCAUGGGCUCAAGACACUGCUCUUUUGGACUAUGAGGUGGAUAGUGAUGAUGAAUGGGAGGAGGAUGAACCUGGCGAAUCUUUGUCUCAUAGUGAAGGAGUAAGUACCGGGUUAAAAUAAAUAUUUAAAACCUGGAUAGUUUUUAUUCACUGCUGUUUUAAGUGUUUCUAUU